GACUCCAAGACCUUGCCAUCUCCCGGGACAGGAACCAUGGCUCGUCUGCUCCUAGCCUGCACGUUCGUCGCUUCGCUCGCUUACCUUGCCUCGGGGUAUCAAACGCGAUACUCAUUUUACCCAGAUGGCUUCAGCAGCAGCAGCGGCAGCGGCGGUGGCCUGAGUAGUAUGCUUGGUGGAAGCAGUGGCGGUUUCGGCAGUGGUGGCCUAAGCAACGUCUUUGGUCGAAGUGGCGGCAUGGGAGGUAGCAGCGGCUUCGGCAGUGGUGGAUUCGGUGGUAUGGGCGGCCUAAGCAGUCUCUUUGGUGGUAUGGGUGGCAUGGGAGGCAGCAGCGGUGGCUACGGAGGCAGCAGCGGCUUUGGCAGUGGUGGCUACGGAGGCAGUAGCGGUGGCCUAAGCAGUCUCUUCGGUGGUAUGAGCGGCAUGGGAGGCAGCAGCGGCGGCUACGGAGGCAGCAGCGGCUUUGGCAGUGGUGGCUACGGAGGCAGUAGUGGUGGCCUAAGCAGUCUCUUCGGUGGUAUGAGUGGCAUGGGAGGCAGCAGUGGUGGCUACGGAGGCAGUGGUUUCGGAGGACUCGGUGGAAGCAGCUUUGGCGGACUCGGAGGAAUCAGCGGCUUUGGAAGCAGUGGCCUUAGUGGUCGACUUGGUGGACUCUUGAGUCGCCGACGCCGCGGACGUGGCCGACGUGGUAGGCGCUACAGCUUCGGCAACAGUGGCUUCGGCGGCAGUGGCCUAAGUGGAGGCUUCGGUGGAUCAGGCAGCAGCAGUGGCUUCGGAGGGCUUAGCGGCAUGGGCGGCAUGAGCGGCAUGAACGACAUGAGCGGCAUGAGCGGCAUGAGCGGAAUGAGCGGCAUGAGCGGCAUGAGCGGCAUGAGUGGAAUGAGCGGCUUCGGCGGAUCCAGUGGCGGCAGUGGAUUUGGUGGAGGUUAUGGAGGAUCCAGUGGAGCCUUUGGUGGCCUCGGCAGUCUCGGUGGAUCCAGCGGUUAUGGCGGAUAUGGCGGCUUCGGUGGAUCUAGCAGCGGCUUCGGUGGAUCCAGUGGUGGCAGUGGAUUCGGUGGAGGCUUUGGUGGAGGCUUUGGUGGAAGCUCUGAUGGAGGAGACUCGCAACAGCAAUCCAUGUCGUGGUAAACAACACGGCAGCCAAUUAUAAACACACUUUCGAGAAAAUGUGUCUCACAAUAAACAACUCCUGUCCACGGGAACCAA